AUGAAGGGUAUUGGGUUUCUUGAGGUUGCUUUCUCCAGACAUAGCCCACUAACCUUUGGGGUAAUGCACAAUGGGGUCAUGAGCUAUGGAUAUGCACAAUCUGGAUUCUGGUGCAUCUGGUCUAUUCUAAUUACUGUAUAUGCUUUCCUCCCUCAGUUAGCUCUCCUUAACAAUAUUUCCAUUUUCCCAGAGGUCAAAUCACGGUGGUUUCUCCUAUAUGCCUUCCUUUUUCUGAGGGCAUAUGCACAGGAUCUAGCUGACUUUGUGUUGUAUAAAGGAACUCUCCAUAUGUGGUGGAAUGAUCAAAGAAUGUGGAAUAUUAGAGGGCUUUCAAGUUUCAUCUUUAAUGAACUUAGUCUCAUUUUCUUGGGGAGUGUCCGAAAUUAUGAAGGGAAAGAAUAUGGAAAGAUUAACAAUCCAAAUGUUUUUAUUAGCAUUGCUGUAAUCAACAGUUGGCCAGUUUAUGAAGCUAUGGUGUUGAGAAGUGACAAUGGAAAAAUGCCGGCAAAGUUUAAUGUUCUUGGAACAACUUCGACAUGCUAUUUGCACUGCAGGUUCUUACAUUUUCAAGUAAAAGAUGUGUUCUUUGCCUGUACUAACAGCUAUCAAUUCUCCAUUGAUACUGCUUCUUACAGUGAAUGA